AGUUUGUCGGUUCGGUUCACGGUAUACCUUUCUCUCUCGUACACCGUUAUUUGUACAGAAUCGGCGCAACGUUGUCGGAAAAUUUUAAUAACUAUUUAAUUUCAAUACAAAUCAUAACAACAAUGGUCCUUGUAUGUUGCCACUGAUUCAUACUAUACACCGGAAGUGUCAAAUUGCAAAAAUUAUUUGCGAAAAGUUAACAAAUAAUCAAAUAAAGCGAGUAGUGUCGAUGUUGUAACGUGUGGUCGUCACAGAAAAUCAUUAAUAGUUAUUUAAUAACAAUCAAGAACGCAUGAAAAGUGAUCCUCAAUUGUUAAAUUUUCGUUUAGCUUUUCUUUAUAUUGUUUUCUUUAUCCUGUGAAUUAGUAUGCAAACAUUGAGACGGAUUUACCGUUGUCACUCAGAUACUGUUUUACAAAACAAUUGUAUUAAUAAUAAUAGGAAGCACGAAACAAUUGACAAAGUUGAAUAAAUAUAAAUUAGUACAACAAAGAACAAGAAAAUGUCAGAAUACGAUAAAGUUAGAACUGGAAAACUUGUUUUGAAAGGCGAAAAAAUAAGAUCAAAAAAACGAAAAUCAAAGAAGCAAGAGAAGGAACAUGUUAGUGCUACUGAUGAUAAAGAUAUUAUAGCUCAUGGUGGAUGGUGGAAAGCUACACAAGUAUCAGAAGUUACAGGAACAGUGGCAAUUGAAUUUGGAAAUCAUACCUACAUGAAAGCUUUAGAUAAUGGAUUAUUUACAUUAGGUGCACCUCAUGAUGAAGGCGAAGGUCCUUCUCCAGAAGAAAUCUUGACAGCAUUUCCAAUAGGUGAAACUAAGAUUGCACUGAAAUCUGGUUAUGGAAAGUAUUUAGGUGUUGAUAAAAAAGGUGUUGUCGUUGGAAGGAGCGAUGCAGUGGGCAUGAUCGAACAAUGGGAGCCAAUUUUUCAGGAUAACAAACUUGCUAUUUUAAAUAGCAAUAGCUGUUUUAUCUCGCUUACAGAUGAAGAUGACAUUGUUUGUCAAACAAAAACUGCUGGACCUUCAGAAUUUUGUACUAUUAGAAGUAUAACUCAAAAAGCUCAAGAUCCAAAUAAAGAUGUCCCAAAAGAAGAACAGGGUUCUCUGCAAGAUGUUGAAGUGAACUAUGUGAGGAAGUUCCAAAAGUUUCAGGACAAAAAGUUAAGGAUAAAUAAAUCAGAUAGAACUGAAUUAGAAAAAGCAAAAAUUGAAGGAACCUUACAUGAAACUUUAUUAGACAGAAGAAGUAAAAUGAAGGCAGAUCGAUAUUGUAAAUAGUUUUAUGCACUGAAUAUGAUAAGCUAAAUAUGUAUUUAUGUAUUGUAAUUAAUUUUACUAUAGUAAAUAAAUGAUUUUUGAAAU